CAGCGGGAGCACAGAAUGAAAACUUUUCGUUGGUUGCGUCAGAAGCUCUUUUCUGAUAAACCGGCUUCCGGUUACCCUGUGCCCAGCGCUGAUAGUCGUACCGCCCAGCGCUCCUUGCUUGGCAGUCAGCCCAGGACUUAAAAGCACAGUAAAGAUUCUAUAUAUAAAAGGGCUGAACAUGUCACUCCGUUUUGGACAACAUCUCAUCAAGCCCUCUCUUGUGUUUCUGAAGACAGAACUGUCUUUUGCACUUGUGAACAGGAAACCCGUGGUCCCAGGCCAUGUUCUUAUUUGCCCACUCCGCCCUGUGGAACGUUUCCGUGACUUGCAUCCUGAAGAAGUGGCUGAUUUAUUUCGCACAACACAAGCAGUUGGUAAUAUAGUGGAGCAACACUUUGGAGGAACUUCACUCACCAUUUCAGUUCAGGAUGGUCCUGAAGCUGGGCAGACUGUGAAGCAUUUUCAUGUCCAUGUACUUCCAAGAAAGGCGGGUGAUUUUGACAGAAACGACAACAUCUAUGAUGAGCUUCAGCGUCAUGACAAAGAGGUGGAGGAUUCCCCCAGCAAGUGGAGAUCUGAGGAAGAAAUGGCCAUUGAAGCAGCAAUCCUCAAGAAGUAUUUUCAGUGAAAGGAGAGGAGCAACCCAAUCUUUCCAAUUAAUUCUGAAGUAGGAGAAGUGGAGAAGAGCCUCCUUUGUUCCCUUCUACACUGGAAUUGAAAUGAUGGAGGAUGACAACGUACUCAGUAAAGAUACUGGAUUCUUCCAAAGAAUGUUUUAUCAGCCAGACUGAAUCUUACUUAGGUUAAGAUGCUUCUUAGUUUCAGUUCCACUAAAGUUGCUUGAUUUUUUCCGGGGGGUGGGGGGGAAUAAAUAUUUCUGAGUUGCAACAUGUCUCAAAACGAAAGAAAACAUUAAAAUUUUAGAUAUUAAAUACGUUAUGAAAGGUAUUUUAUUAAUUUUACUCAUUGGAUAGUUUGUUUUUUAACAGUGUAAAUUUUACCUUUUACCCUUGCUUUUGAAAUGGUGCCUGGAAAUUUCUAUCACAAACAGCUCCAAGAAAUCUUUACUGGAUUGCUGGAAAGGCCUCUUUCUUGCCCCUAUUUUAAAAGGAAACCAAAUCAGUGAUGAUAGAUAAUAUAUGUCAGUAAACUUUUAUUACAAUAUGGGUAUGGAUGUAUACUUCCAGGGUGUCCUCAGGGUGUGGUCAAGAUGGUGGCCGCAAUGGUGUGAUCUACCUGUUUUUUGUGUGUGUCACAUGCUUUGAUUGGACCAUAACACCACUGCAGUCACCAUCUUGACUUUUUUGACAACAUCCUGAAGAUAUCCCUGAUACUUUCCAUAUUG